AUGCACGAUGGCCCGGAGGUCAAGGAGCUUGAACACCAGGUCCGCUCGGUGGCGCGGGCGACGACCGCCAGACGCGCCGCACAGGCGGCGCGGCUGCUGAAGAGCUGUCGCCGCAGCCUGCUGCGCCUGGCGCUGCAGGGCCUGGCACGCUGCAUGGAGUUGGACGAGCGCCACUUCAGCGGCUCCAUCAGCGCCCUGAGCCGAUCCGCGCUCUGGCAGGAUGCCCUGGGCGUCUUCUUCGAUAUGGGCAAGGCACAGCUUCGCCAGGACGCUUUUAGCUAUGCGGCGGCCAUCAGCGCUUGCGAGCGCACCUCCCAAUGGGAGCUCGGCCAUGGCUUUUUGCGGUCCGCUUUGCACGCCAGGCUGGCAGACACGCAUUGCGUCAACGCCGCCCUGGGCGGCGCGCCCUGGCCAGUGGCCUUGCGGCUCUUUAGGCAGAUGCCGGCGCUGCGGCUCCCCCCCAAUGCCCCGAGCUACAACGCGCUGCUGGCGGCCCUGGCGGCGCCAGGUCUCUGGCGCUUGGCGGGGCACCUGCUGGCGGCCGCCGCCGGGGUGGCAGACAAGGUGACCUGGAACUGCACCAUCAGCGUCUGCGAGAAGGCCGCGCAGUGGCAAAGGGCCGUAAAGCUGCUGGAGGGCAUGGAAGAGAAGACGCUUCAGCUUCAGACCAUCACCUACAACGCCAUCAUAAGCGCAUGCCACAAGGGUCAGAACUGGCAACUUGCUCUGCGCUUCUUCGCUUCCAUGCAUCAGAAGCAGCUCUUUCGGACUGUCAUCAGCUACAGUUCAGCCAUCAGCUCCUGCGAAAAGGGUAGGCAAUGGCAGCUGGCAUUGCAGUUGCUGCACGUCAUGCCCUUCAAGCAGGUCACACCCAACACCUUCAGUUUCAAUGCAGCCAUUAGCGCCUGCGGCGGGUCUACGCAGCUGGUGCGCGCGAUGGGACUCCUUGCGGCGAUGGACAAGCCCGAUGUGGUGAGCUACAGCUCGGUCAUCAGUGCCUGCGAGUGUGCCGCGGAAUGGCAGCUCUCCCUCCACUUCUUCCAGGCCAUGCGGCUCCACACUUUGGCCCCCAACGUGGUGAGCUAUAGCUCCACCAUCAGCGCCCUGGAGGGUGCAUCUGAGUGGCAGAGGGGCUUGCACCUCUUCCAGUCGAUGGCGGAUGAGCGAAUCCAGGGGGACCUCAUCAGCUACAAUGCCACGCUGGCCUGCCUUCAGCGGGGUCGGCGCUGGCACAGAGCCUUGGACCUCUACGACGACAUGCAGAAGCACCAGGUGUGCCCGGAUGCGAUUAGCAACAGCAGCGUGCUGAACAGCCUGGAGGAGCAGCUGGGUCCGGAGGGUGAGGACGCAUAUUCCAUUCGGCUCUGGCUGGAGUUGGGCCUUUCCUCCCGCGGUGUGCCGGCGCAGAUCCUGGCUGAGAAUGUUAUCGUUGGCGACCUUGCUCGGAUGGUGGGCGUCCACGGGAAGACUCAGGAGGUCUUCGGGCGCGAGGUGCCGCUCAUCUACCUGAUCGUGGCGGGGGUGUUGGCGGUGCUGUGGUUCAGCGGCAACACCGGCGCCAUCCGCAUGAUCGUGUUGGGCUUUAUGCUCUACGUCAUGUACACGCAGUACUCGCGAUCGCAAGGCCAAGCAGCCGCCGGCGCUGGCGCUGGCGGUCGAGCGCCGGACGACAACAGCAGCGGUGGGCAUGUCAUCAACCCUGGGCGACGCUAG